GAGCUGAAAUCUCUGCGCAGCCAGCUGCGGGGCACCGUGACGGUGGACGUGGACUCCGGCCGGGAACGGACCUGACCAAGGUCCUGGACGAAAUGAGGGAGAAGUACGAGCUAAUGGCCGCCAAGAACCAGAAGGAGGCGGAGGCCUGGUUUCAAGGAGCAGGUAGGCGGGAGGGAGAGGGAGGCGGGCGCUCUCCCCUCUUUGAGGGAAAGGUCCAGUGUGAGCGCGUGAGGCGGGGGCAGGAAUCGAACCCCGGUCGGUAUCCCCGGGCGCUGCGAGACGGCAGCACCAACCGCGCCGCCAAAUCAGACCACAGCGGGAUUAGGCCGCUCGACCCGUCGAGGUUGCUGCGACUUUCCAACGCGGCGUUCCCUUCCACCCGGCCAGUGGUUGCGAUCCCCAGACCGUACAGUGUCAAUGGGCGGGAAGUUUUUAUUGUCAUGCCUGCACUGUCCGUUUCUCCGCAGUCGUCCACUGUCCAGCAGUCCGUGGCGACCAGCUCCCAGAGGCUGGGGACCGAGAAGGACCAGCUGAGCGAGAACAGGCGCAAGCUGCAGACGGUGGAGAUCGACCUCCAGACGCUGCUGAGCGUGAAAUCGUCCUUGGAAGACACCCUGCAGAACACAGAAUACCGCUACUCCGAGCAGCUGUACCACCUCGAGGACCUGCUGGAGCAGCGGGAGGCCGAGUUGGCCGAGAUCCAGGCUGACACACGGAGGCAGUGCGACGAGUACGCACAGCUGUUGGACAUCAAAACCCGGCUGGAGAUGGAGAUCGCCACGUACCGUCGCCUGCUGGAAGGAGAGGACUUCAGCUACUCUACCGAGAUCAGAACCGUAGAGACCAUUAAAGAACCGGAGGUGAUCACCAAGAAGAAGGUAGUUACCAUCACCGAAACACUGGUCGACGGGCAGGUCGUUGAGUCUCGUCAGGAGGUCAAAGAGGCCACGACUUAGCCGAACUCCUCUCGCCCGGCUGUGAAGAACUUCAGAAGACGCCAGCCCCAUUAGCCUAGAAAUUAUGACUUGCUUCCUGGAAUUUUGCCCGCCUUAAAUAAAAGUAGUUCCUGGUGAU